AUGGUUGAGAAAUGCUUCUUUUGCGAAGAAGAUCUGGAAUGGGUUGCUUAUGGAUCUUGUGAUCAUCGAGGGGUUUGUUCUACUUGCGUUGUUCGUAAUCGGGUUCUUCGCAAAGAUCUCCGUUGCUACCGAUGCACCUACAGAUUCAAACUUGUCUACGUUACGAAGCUUUCGUCUGAUAUUCCCAGGAGGUGGACUGAGGGCCAAAUAGGACCUUACUGGUAUCAUGAAAAGUCCAAAGCCCUCUUUAAUGACUUUGACGAGUACACAAGGAUCAGAGAGAUGUGCAGAUUCGUGUGCACUUCUUGUAACGAGACAAACUUUGAGUGCAUUGGACAGUUGAUGACUCACUUAUACGAGCGGCACAGAUUGUAUAUGUGCACUGCAUGUCUUGUAUAUUGUUCGCGAUUCGUUGGUGAGCAAAAGCUGUUUACUAAGGCACAGCUGAACCAGCAUAUAAGAACGGGGGACUCUGAAGCGGAUGGAUCUGUGAUUGAAAGGGCAGGCUUCACUGGUCAUCCUAAGUGUGAACUCUGUAGGAAUCCAUUCUAUGGGGACGAGGAGGUAUUCGUUCAUAUCUGGAGAGUUUCCUCCUGCCGAUGUCAUAUAUGCAAUCGGCUACGUCCGGGGAUUCCUGACAAUGAUGUGGAGGAUCACUUCCUCGUGGAGCAUAUCGAUUCUGAAGACGGCUAUUGGUUUGCUCCUUUCUCUAUCAUAAGAGCUUUCGACGACCAAGCACACUUGAACUUGCAUAACGCUCAUGUGCAUUAUACUACUGAGGCACCAUUACAUGUUCAAUAUGGGAGGAGUUCUUGGUUUGCACCUGGCGGAGUAUCAACAAGCGGAUGCCAAACAGAAUUAGGACAAAACUCAGGGAGUGUAGUGAGUUACACCGUGGCUGCUCCUUCAAGAAAUCAAACAGAUAUAAGUGUAACUACAACUAGUUCCUCUCGAACAAACCAAGGCCUGAUACAAUCAUUCAUUUCUGCUUUGGAGCCUGUUCAAUCUUCGAGUGCUUAUGCUGAAUCUAGUCACCAUGCCAGAGUUGGAAUGACUGGAACUCGUGCUCAUGCUUCUUCACUGUAUACUCAGUCAUCUCCAACACCGGAAGAAAUUCAUGAUACAAGAGCACUGGAGGAGCCUUCUCUUUCUAUUUCUCCCCAAGCUUCAGCUGCUCAAAAUCGCAGUUUGCCAUCUUCCUCAAGAAGCGAGAACAAGGCUUUGAGUGAAAAAAUAUGUGAUCGUCUUUUCAAGUCCUUGAAGAAAACAUCAGGAAAGUACCGCCAUGGUUUGAUCGAUGCAAGAAGUUACUUGGAGUAUUUGAAGAAUCAUGGUUUGUCUGACUUGGUUCUGGAUGUGGCUAGUUUCUGCCCUGACCGAGCGAGACGUGUGGAACUCAUUGAAACCUACCUUGCCAGUGUGAGAGAAAGAGUUGAUACGGUGGUUAGCUCUGAUGGUUCUGAGGACGAAGACAGUGAUUGA